AUGACCAACAACUCAUCAAUACUGAAACCAUCUGGUAUGUUCUGCAUAAUAAUACAGUAGACCAAAUACUAUAAUACCGGUAGGCCUGCACAAUGCCAUUCCAUAGGCCUAUGUUAUUUGCUGAAACCUAACAUGACCCACUUAACAUAAAAAUUAGGCAUAUAUAUAUAUAUAUAUUUUUUUUUAAACAUUCUAACAACACUACAACUUGUUCACAUUUGUAUCUAUUUUAGGUGGAGAUGAUGACCGACUGUCAGAUCUUCUGAGAAAUGACGUUUUCGUGGAUUUCUUUAACACCUUUCUGAACCUACCGGUGAGCCCCUUCUGCGAUAUAAAAUAGAACAGCUCUUUCACAUAAUUUAGAAUAGAAUAUAACUGAUCAGAAUGGAAUAGAAUAGAAUAGGUCUUUCACAUAAUUUAGAAUAGAAUAUAACUGAGUAGAAUAAAACAGAAUAACUGUCACAGAAUUUAUGUUAUAUUUCAAUCUGUUUUCUGUCUAGGUUUUUGGUCAAACUCCUCUCUUCUUUCUGUCAGACAACAAAUGGUUAACGUGUCCUGAGAUACCUCAAGGCCAGGUAGAGAAUCCAAAACCUUACGAAUGGCGCCCUCGUGUGGUUCAUUUAUGAAACAGUACUCAAUGUCCAUUAAAAACUAUUGGGUUCAAAUAGAGUUAAAAACAUAACUUUUACUCUACAUACCCAUGAGAAAGAAUGCAAAAUAAUUUCUUCAUUUUGAAAAAUAAAGGCAAUAUGUCUGGGUAUUUUUUAUUUAAUAUUGUAGCGACCUUAACUGAACCACUAUCAACCUCGUUAAGAAGUUGGAACCUCUUGGCAUAACGGUUAAGGUGUUGCCUUGAUGGUCGCUAGACUCUGGUUUGAGUCCUGGUCUGGGCUUACCCCACACAUUCGUGAGGCCAUUGCAGAGACGUGUACACGUAAGGGACUUGGUAUAGAGAAGUGUGGGGACACGCUCUCUCGAAGGAAAGGGGUAUUGUAGCAACACUAACUCAACAUCUAUCAGCCUCAUCAAAAGGUACGGACCUCUUGGCGUUAAGGUGUUGGUUUAAUAGUUUGCUAGACCUGGGUUCGAGUUCUGUUCAGGGCUACCCCCUGAAUUCGCUAUACUUUGUUUAAAUUUAAUGUGUUAUAUGCUAUACUUAUUUUUGACAUAACAGGAGGUGAACAGAGGAGGGUUUCGUAAGUGGUUGACUGCACAUCGCUUCACCUUGUUCAAGGAAACAGAGUUGUUCCAUUAUUACACUCUCUGUAAAGAAUUCUUGGAGUUCUCAAACCAUCAUUCAAAAGGUAAUCCGAUUUUUUUGUUUUGUUGUUGCAGUAUGAUAGCGGUACUGUAAAACUAAAGCAUAGAGAAACAUUGUGACAGGGUAGGAACCAUAGUUUUGGUCAGUGUUUCCCCGUGGAAUCUUAGUGAUGAACAUGUAAAUUGCAUAAAAGCACCCCUUAACUGUUGAAAGUGACAAAGUAUGGGGAGGGUUUCUAAGUACAAAUAUUUGGGUCGAUGUACAAUGAGUGAUAUACAUGGAAAGAUAAUGUCAUAAAUGUUGAAACAAAGUGUAAGAAAGUGGUGAAUCUCAUGUGCUCGGUCUCUGGUUAUGAAUGGGGUGCUGACAGACAAUCGUUCAUGGAUAUUUAUAGAGCUCUGAUCAGGACUACAAUUGAUUACAGGUGUAUAGUUUAUGGAAACGGUGAAGACUUGGCUUCUGAGGCUGGACAGAAUCCAGUAUAUAGCUUUAAGGAUAUGUAUUGGUGCAUUUAAAUCAACAUCUGUAUGUGCCUUACUAGUGGAGGCAGGUGAGAUGCCUUUGGAUAUACGGCAUUAAAAAAUAGUCAGUAGCUUAUUGGGCUAGUUUGAAAGGAUGUGAGGUUGAUUUGAAAGGACUGCUACUGUUCUAGAUGACUGUUGGGAAUAUACUAGUUGACAAGGCAGUGGUUUUGGUUGGACAGUUGGAAAGCUUGCUGAUGAGAGUGGUUUGAGUUGGAGGUUGGCCCUUCUGUGGUGAAAACGGAUGUUCCUCCAUGGUUACUCCCAGAUCCUGUUGUUGAUCUAACCUUGGUACCGAAAAGGAAAGAUUGAUCAGAAGUCAGUGAUAUAGGGAAACUGGUUGACAAUUACAUUGGUAGAAGUGUUCAUGCUUUUUUACCGCUUUUCAGAUAGUGGGCGCACAGGAGCAGGCGUUUACAUUCCUGAAUUUGAUGGGCAGAUAUGUAGAAGACUAACAGAUGAACUGUCAGUAUAUUCAGUUGAAUGUUUGGCGAUAGUAGUUGCCCUCCAGUGGGUGGUCAUACAACCUGUUAUAGUAUGCUCAGAUUCUCUGUCUGUAUUGAAUAGUUUAUCAUCUGGUAAAUCUAAUAGGAGUGACCUACUAUUGGAAGUAUUAAUGUUAUUAUGGAGAAUUGAGAGACUGGGUGUAGUAGUGAGAUUCUGCUGGGUCCCAGCACAUUCAGGUGUGGAAGGGAAUGAAAUGGUAGACCAGUUAGCCAAAAGAGCUUUGAAACAAGAUAUAAUUUAUAUUAAUGUUACAUUGGGUAGAGGUGAGGCUAAAUGUAAGAUCAGAUGUGAGGCAGAAGAGGUGGGACUAUGAGCCCAAGGGCCGGCAUUUAUAUGACCUCCAAAGAAAGGUUGGUGGACCAAGAUUCAAAGGUCAGAUUAGGAAGGAAGAGGUGGUGUUUGCUUGAUUGCGCUUAGGACAUUGUACAUUGAAUUCGUCAUUACAUCUGGUUGGUAAGCAUGUGAAUGGUUUGUGUCUGGAGUGUAUGGUCGAUGAAACGGUGGAGCAUGUGUUGUUAUAUUGUUGUAAGUAUGUUGAAGAGAGGGAAAGAUGGAAGUGUAGGGUCAUUGAGGUUGGACGGUGUUGGGGGGGUUUGGAAGGGAUUUUGGGGAUGGGGGAGGGUCUAUUAGAAGUUAGUAGGGCUGUUUUUUAUUUUCUCAGAAGUACUGAGUUAGGUUGGAGGAUUUAGAAAUGUUGUAAACCGUGAUUGACCACACACUCCAGCACAGUAGGUGGCGGCAUGCACCUUUAACGUUUGUUUUGCGGACUGCCAUUAUAAUCACAGAAGAAGAAGAAAGUGACAAGGUGUUUGUCCUGAAGGCCCUGUGAAGAGUUGUUACUUGUGUGAAAGCAACGACUUUGUGACCAUGCAGUUUUGACAAAGUUUUUGGGGUGUGGUAGAGAAUUUUCGGAGAAGUUGGUUGCAGAUUAUUCCAUGUGUUUGGCUUUAGGAUUGUUUUGUGUAACUCAGUCAUCAAAAAUUCAAGUCCUCUGAGGCUGUGAAAGCACUGUAUUACUUUAGGAUUGUCAGUCCUAUUUAAUGAAAGUAAGAUCUAAGACGCCUUUAAUGUAAUCUUGUUAAUGUUGUGUACUGUUAAUGUAAGGGGCUCAUUACAGCUGUAUUCCACCCACUAUGGGCACUCGGGUGAAGCCCAUGGGAAAUUUGAGUUGAAUGUGUUAUUUUAAUGUUAUAUUUUUUUGUUGUUGAAUGUGUUAGAAUAAGAAAAUUAUGAAAAAUGCUGUAAACUGCUGUUACCUCAUGCUGAUAUUAUUAAAAGUCAAGUAAACAGUACCUUUCGCGUUGAAGUUUAAGCUUACAUUAUAAACUCAUAAAAGAGUAACAAAUGUGUUAACUUGACUGUUAACAGCAGUUUACAGUAUUUUUAUUUUUUAUUUUUAUUCUAACACACUCAAUUCAAACUUUCUUUGUAAUUUCCCAUGGGCUUCACCCGAAUGCCCCCUAGUGGCUGGAAUACAACUGUAUUGAGCCCCUUACAUUAAAGGAGAAGUUUACCCAAAAUCCAGAAACUCCCAAGUGAUUCCAUACAUUGAAACUAGUUUAGUGGAGUUUGCCCCCCCCCCCCCCCCCUCUCUCUCUCUGUAGUGCUGUACUGAAAGUGUGGACAAAUUAGUUGUUUUAUUGAAAGCGUACGGCCGAAUUAGCUAUUUUUGUCAAAUGUACUAUUGGUUUUGAGUCAGAAAAGGUGUACUUUUGCACGUAAGACAUUUGCUAUUAUUUGAAAUUAUUAUUAUUAUAUGUAGCUGACUGUCACAGCAACGGAGAUGGGUAACAACUACACAUCUGCGCCCUCGUUGGGGACACCCUGCUACAUAGAAACGUCAUGGUAUGCCCUUAUAUGGAGCUUGACGUCAAGGCUAUACAAAAUAUUUUUGGGGGGAGAAGGAGCUGGUGCAAAAGUUGAUAAGAGUUAGGCUCAGGUAAAAUGUGUUAUGCAAAGUGGAAAAAGAGAUGGCAGCAAGAGCAGGUUGGUGUUCCAUCCCUGGCUGCACUAUAUACAGGAAGUCAAUGGAAGAAGGCACCAAAUGUAACUGUUUUCUGAUAAAAGAUAGAGAUGCAGAAGAUGGUUAGUAGCAAUUUGAAAUAGUAAAUAUGAUGUAAAUACUCCAGCAGCCAACCUUGCAUCGCUGCGUGUGUGUAGCAACCACUUCAGCGAUGAUGCAUAUGCAAUCGAGAUAUGCAAUCGGAAAUUAUGGUGACAGAAAACCGAAGGAUACUAAAAUAUACAGCUGUUGCUUCUGUAUUUCCAUAGACUUGAUCUGGCGCAGUGCCAAUAUACAAAGGCACGUUUAAAAAGAGAAAGCAACAAAGCAAGCGUGCUGAGGUACAGAAUGUAGCUUAGCCUGAUCUUUGAAGUUUGAGGUGUUCUUAUUGUGUCAUUACCAUUGCACCAUAUCAUGUAGAGGGCCUAGGUGCUCCACAGGUUAGCAUAUGUGCCCAAUGUAUUUAUGACAGGAGGGUUGAGAGACAAUAGACAUUGUGUCACCUUACGUUGCAGAAUAGAAUAUCCCAAAAACAUUGUGAUAAAUAAACAUAGGCUAUACAGUGUUUUGGGCUAAUGUGAAAACAUAAACCCACUAACUGUCCCACUCAUAGAGGUUUAUGAUAAGCGAUCAUUAAAUAAAGUAAAGUUUAGCUACUUACCCGUCUGAUAAUUGUCAAUUUGGCCCAGCUGGAACAGCGUUGCGUCUCCAAUUUUUGGAAUACGCAAAAAAAUUCCAGGACACCAGAGUUUGAGGGCAGCAAAAUCCCUGUGGGCGCAAAAGCAAACUAACUGCUCUUCAUCAUCAUUACGUUCCUCCAUUUUUGUAAGAAUUGUAGUCACGAUUUCGAAUUCUCUGCAGCACAAACAUUCCUCACCUGUCGGCAUUGGCGCACAAUUGCCACAACUGCACCACCAGUCUGUGUGGAUCCUGGGGAUUGGUUGGGGCUGUGGUCUAGCUGCUGCUGCAGCUUCGGUGGCAAGAGCGGCGGUGGCCAUCUAAAGCUCAAUUUGCCUCAAUUCUUCGUCCGAAUACUCAGGCUCAAAUAAAUAUGGUUAGUAGACACCAUCGGUGUCCCUCCAGUAGUUUUCUUCAUCACUCGCGAGUAUUUCGUCGUCAGACAUGUUUGUAGGUUGUUGUUUACUUUGUAUAACUAAUGUGUAAGGUGAUCUUCACUUCUCCGCACAUCUGUGAAUACCCACAAAAAAAAGUAGGUUACUAUAGAAUACUCCAGUACUUACUAUAGAAUUCAGUAGUAAAUUGUAGUAUACUGUAGAAUACUAUACUACACACUGUAGUAUCCCUCGAUUAUUUGUAGUACUUACUCUAUAAUUGUGUAGUAUCCGCAAAGAAACACUGUAGUAAACACUACAGUCCGCAGAAACAGUACAGUUUUUUAAAACUAUGGAUAGCGCACAUGCACAGUUGUUACCCAUCUCUGCUGCUGUGGCAGUCGGCUACAUGAAAUAAUUAUAUAAAAUUAUCUGCCUCCCACCAGGGACGGACUGGUCAUCUGGCAUUUCGGGCAAAUGCCAGAUGGGCUGGUCUAUUUUUAGCCCAGUGCGCCUGUCUUACUUGUUUUUUUGUGUGCAAAAUGAUCAUUACCUGACUAAUAAUGGGGGCCUCAAGGAAAAAAAUGCCUGUGUGGAGGCCUCGAGGGGAAAAAUGGGCCGGUGUGGGGGGGGGCCAAGGGUGUUUGCCUUUCACGCCAGCGACCCGAGUUUGCUUCCCUGCCCCACCAACUGUGUCUUUAUGCCACAUGUGUUUACUGUCAAUUCCAUACAGGCACAUAGUAGUCUAUGUUUGGGUCAGCUGUGUGAAAACCCUGCUGACAGAUUCACAGAGUAAGGUCACUCCUGUACUGUGCUAAUUUGAAAUUCUUGUUGGUUGAAGUGUUGAAAUGGACAACAGAAGACCAGUGGCUGCUGAGGAGAUGCAUUGGGAGCGGGAGAGGGAUGAGGCGAUUCAGCAUUUUCAUCAAGGGCACUCGUGGUAGGUGACUGGUGUUUGUAUGUGUGUGUGUGUGUAUUCCUGGCCUAUGAAGUGGCAUUACUAAUUUAUUUGUAUGUAUUUUCCACGUGUGGUCAUUCAUUGACUCAUGCUUCCUGUGUGUGUGUGCAGGGAAGGAGCUGGUGUCGUUCUGUGUGAGAGUGUCCAGGUUGUUCAACAUGGACUGUGAGGAUGCAGGUCAGAAACACAGAUACCUGGCCCUGCUGACUGUCAUCAGGGCCAUCCAUCUCACAGAGGGAUCCAGCGUCAUGGCUAUCUGUCACAUACCACGAGGUAAGGAGACUAAACUGGUGACAAAGUGCAUUUCCCUGGGAUCGAGAAAGUCACCAUGAAAAAAGAUCAAGAUUAUUCAUUCAAGAGAGAGCCAGGCCACAUCGCCGUUACCUGUCCUGAAACUACUCACCUGCCCCUUGUCUGACCUAUAGGGCUGCAUACUCUUGAGUGCUGUGUUGAUGUGUUGAUGUGUUGAUGUUUUUUUCUUCAUUUAAAUCCCUUUGUCUAUGCUCUCCUGUGUCUGUCUGGUAGAUGAAAUGAUUAGCAUUCUAUCCAGUGAGCUACCCGACAGUGCCAGAAAGCAGAUCAUCGGUCAGAUGUAUAACAAAGCUUUACAUCGGCUGCAGCACUAUUGGCUUCCUCAGUUUCUAAGAUACUGCAAGGACUCACUCUGGAGAGCUGCAGAGUGCAGCCAAAUCGUUCAGGAGUACAGCGCCAUCGCAUCCCACUCUGCUCCUGCGGAUUUGCUUGAUAUACCUGCUCGACUGGACCGAGGCCUGGGACAGGUGAAGGAGGCAGAGCUGACUGGGGGUGCAACUGGGACCUACUGCUCCAAAAAUACCAAGAGACUCCUCUGGAUGCCCCAUAAGGAACCACAGAACAGAUCCGUAAUGGUAGCCCGGGAGGAGAAGAUCCAAGAUGUACGCCUCUGUUGCCAGUGGCUUCCUCUUGGGGUUGAAACAGACCAGGAAGGGUGCACUAAUGUUGUGCAUAGCAGUCAAACCAAAUACCAGAUUGAUGCCACAACUGAACAAUCCCUCAACAUGCCUGAUGAUACAAAAUCCCAAACCUGCAGCAAACAAACCAGCAAAGUGGACAACCUCAAGUCCAGCCACAGAAGUGGCAACCCUCUCCCAAACAUUGAUGUUGAGGGGAUCCAGGAGGGAGAAGUACUUAUUCCACACACCUGUAUGGAGACUCCUGCCUACUACCAGCCGUCUGUCUUACCAGUUCCCCCUGCACCCGCAACUCCAGAGUCCCACUGCUACAACUACCUUCAGCCUGCCCUGUCAGCUGACAGCUUGGCUGGUGGGCCCUUAGCUGCCUUCCUGAGGGCCAGGGGAAUGGAGAGAGAGCUGCAGCAUCUGGGGCUCUGGCAGGACCUGGAGCUGUUCCUUAGCCUGGUACUCAGGUAUGGAGAUAUUUACAAAAUAUUGUAAAUUAUUGAAAAAGGAAUUACAAACAAAUGUGUUGUUGUGAAAAUACUGAAUGCAACUUUCAAAAUGAAACAUCUGUGAAAAUGCCCAAAGCGAGAAAUAUGUUUGUAAAAUGUGCUGCGUUUAACAGAAAAAAACAUUGUUGUAUUUAUGUGCUAAUAAUGAUUUGUUUUUGGUAGUGAUGACUCAUUCACUUUUGUAAACUAUAUUUUAUUUGACUGUAAUCUAUCUCCAUACUCAGGGCCCAGGGAGAUGACUCCCUCCACAGCCAGAGACAGGCUGUGGCAAGGAGGAUCACACACACCUACCUGGGGGAGAACGCAGAGAGGGUAGGCCUCCUGGAGAGGGACACCAGCAGGCAGCUCUGUAGACUCCUGCCCUCUGGAGCAGUCAUACCGUGGAUAUACACAGCCAAACAUGAGAUCUGUAAGGUAAAGUCAGCAUGUUGACAUACAGUUAUGUUUGAAUGUUUUAAAAAUCUUGUGAAUAUUUUAGAAUGUCUUGAGUCAAUGUAUUGGUAAUGGACAUUUUUUGUAGGUGCUUUGUGCAUCUUAUGAUUCCUUUUUGGACGAAGAAGACAAACAUUUCUGUUCCUGUCUGGUAACUGAUUUUAUUUCGUUUUAUGCAAAUUGAUUAUACAAUACAACAGUAUUGUCCAUAGUUACAGUGAACAACGGAAAUGUGUGUCCCCCUCCUUUUACACACACACACACACACGUAUCUUCCCAUCUCCCCUUUAACUCUGUUGAGGGUUAUCUUAUGUUAUCAAAUUUUCCCUUCUGAUUUGACCAUCAGGAGAGUGCCAGUGUGAACUGCGGUCAGAUGCUAUCUCCUAGUGGCCAGAACACAGAAGAGCAGCAGGUCAGGAGGAUGAGGGAGGCUCUGGCCCUUUGUCAGUCCUGCUGUAGCCAUGGAGACACAGAGCAGCUCUCUGAUAGGCAGGAGAACUGGGCCCUGAUGGCUCUAGAGGACGUGAAGAGAGGAGGGUCUGUCCACCUGCACUACAAGAAGACUGGUAGGAACGUAACCAAGGACUAACACAGAGGAGUUAAGGAGAGUAAGGGGGAUGUGCGGAUUCAGUUGUAACUAAGGCUACUAGAGAGCAAUGCAGGUGUUACUACAGAAUGCACAAUGAAAGAAUGAUAAGUUUAACUCCAUGUAUAGUUGCAUUGUAACAUUUCUAUUAUGUGGAAAGCACACUUACAGGAUAAGGAAUCAAGGCCCUGUGAAUACAGUCAUUGUGUCUGUCUCUAGAGCCACUUGAUCUGCCGUUUGACUUGCUGGCGGUGAGGUACCCAAAGCUGGCAGUGGAGAAUCUGAGUGUUAACUAUUUGCUGUACCAGAAGAGGAAGCCUUUCUCAGACGGCGAAAGCUCUAAGCCAGUAUCCGCUGGUUCCUUGAUGAAGAAAGCCCCUCUGAUGUUGAAGAAAGACAACAGUUUUGUUCGCAGGCUGUCUAUGAGGCCAAGGUACUGUUGGGACACCACCUUAAAUGCUUCCUUGUUCAUUGAGUUCAUUGAGUCAUUGUUUAUCUAAUGAGUGUAUCUAAUAUAGCAUAAGUAAGAAUCUUCAGCUACCACUGAUUUUGCAGAAGCCGGCUGUUUUGUAGAAGGUUUUACUUGCAAUGAUUGUGAUAAGUGGCUCUUUUACUUACUUUAGUUGAAUAAGAGCUCUAAGAGCACCUUCUAAAUGACUAAAAUGUUAAUGUGUAUAUGGCUGUAUUGUUUGUCUCCGUGCUACAGGUCGUUUGGAGAUGUGUUCCGGAACCCGGUGAGUCUGGACUACUUCAAGCGCUUUCUGCGUUUCCACUAUGCCCAAGGAGCGCUGCUCUUCACACUGGAAGUAGAGAAGCUGAGAGCCAUCGACCGGCCGACACCUCAGAAGAUCAAAAUCCUCGCCAUCGUGAAUAAGUUCUUACGCCGGGAUGACCCCAGUACAGUCCUCAAAUCCUUAUUCAUUAUUCCUGUCAGAUUCUGUCCUUGGUGACCUUUAGCCAAGCUGACAUCAAUGGUGCCUUAUUCUCUUUGCUGUCAUACAUUGGUAAUGCUGGCUGGUAAAACAUUAUUUCCCUCCUUUCUCUGCAAUAUGAGAUGAGGUACUCUUUUCUAACUUUGCUUAGUCUUCUUGGCCCCCUAGGGAGCAUUGUGUGUCCACCAUGGCUCUCCAUCUCACUAUUUUCUGCUGAUACUCUUAAAGGACUGUCUGUAUUAUUUCUAAAAGAGAUGUAUUGAAGUGAAAAGGCUAACACGACUAGCAUCCUCCCACAGUGGGCUAUCUGCAGUGCAAUGCUGACAUCAUCUCCCAGGUGGCUCAGAUGAGAACUGUUUCCUGUGAGGUUCUCUACACCAUCCAGGACCUGGUCACCAAGUCACUGGAAGGAACAUGGUAUUGGGAUUAUUUAUCCAUGUGGACAUGAGUUGAUUUAGCCUGGUCCUAUAUUUGUUUGUGCUGUAUAGCCAACUCCUAUGGUCGUUGUUAUGCCAAACAUGACAAUAACCAUAGAAGUUGGCAAGAUGGAACAAACAGAUCUGGGACCAGGCUAUGGAUGAUUGAUGCUACUUGACAGAACUCUGUGAUUGAUGUGAUGUGUGUUUGUUUGGAUGCAGACAAAACAGUGUGUGUUAAUCCGAUGUGUGUGUUUGGAUGAUUCCCUGCAGGUUCAAGCAGUACCAAGACACGUUCCCACCAUGUCCUGCUGUGGGCUCAGAGUCCUGCCUGAGAGGAGCCAUACUGAAGAACAAACUGGUAGAAACAACACCCAGCCUCUCAUCCUCUAUGUACUGUUAGACACUAGACAGUUGUACAAUCACUGUAUAACCCUCUUGGGCAAUGGUAUCUAAAAUGUUCUCUCUCAUUCAUUCAUUCAUUAAUUCACUCACUCACUCACUUACUCCUUAUGCACCUCACCCUGAAGAAAAAUGUCUGGAUGGUGUUUUGCCGAUUCAUCAAGACAGUCUGUAAGUUUCAAAACGCAAUGAAGGAUCCUCGCACGAGGACUGAGUUUGAGCUGUACCUGAGAAUGAGCUACCGCCACUUCUCCGAAGGUAAGCUGUCCUCAGUCCCUUAUCUCCAUUCUGGUCCUGGUUCUGGUGCUGAACAAUGUAUAGUUUCUCCAGGUGCUACAGAAAAAAUAAAUAUUUAUAAAAAAGGACAAAUCUCCAGCACACUGGUGAUCUUGGAUGUUCCACAAACCAAUGUUUCGGUGUUAGACCUUCAUCAGGGUUUUAAUCCUAGUUCUGGUGCCAGCAGUAUACACAACUAAGUUGACCUUGUCUCCUAUAGCAUGUGACUCCCCUGCCCCUCCUAAAGAAGAGGGGGAUACCUCCCACAUGAAGAGACGGGUCGUUAACGGUAAAGUCAUUAUCAUUGACUUCCUCAUCAACGACCUAUCUUUCUACCUGGAGAGUGAGAGGUAAGAUUGAGAUGUCUCACAAGGUCACGUAUAUGUUUUCCUUCUUACAUUAUUGACAUUCACUUCUAUUCACAGUUUCAAUUUAAAGGUCCAAUAUCAAAUCAUUUCUGGAUAAAAAUUAAGUACCUUGCUCUGAUUGUUUUCAAUUAAAAUGGUCAAAAAGAAACAAAAGUAGCUUCUUAGCAAAGAGCAAUUUCUCAAGCAAGACAUUUACUAGGACUGUCUGGGAGUGGUCUGAGUGGGGAAAACUGAAAAUUAGCUGUUAUUUACAGAGGUUUGGAAAUCUCUUUCUUAUUGGUCUAUAAACAAAUGUACUGGCCAAAAUUCCAUCCCACCAAAACAGACUGAAAUUUCAGGCGGUCUUUUCAAACAGCUCUUACACCAGGGGUUCCCAAACUUUUUUGGCCCUCAACCCCAUUUUGAUAUCUGAAAAUUCUCACGACCCCAACCAUGAGGAAAAAAUUAUGUAAUUAACAGCCAAUGUUUACUUUUUUAAUGGGGGCUAUGGCAGUCAAUUGAAAUUCUAACAGUAUUUCUGACUGUAUUCUAAACUCACCAUCAUUUACUUUUAAUGUGGGGCUAAUGACAGUCAUUUGCAAAUUAGUCUGAUAUAAUGCAUCUUAUCUCACCACCACUAAUGAGAUGGGUGUGCUUGAUGCAUGUAAUGUCGGUGCUUCUCAAAGUCAGGGUGUGUGGUCCUCAUCUCUGUCAAGUCAGGGUGUGCGCGCACCUCAACUCUGCUGUCACAGCCAACCUGGAUCGAUACAGUGCCUUGCAAAAGUAUUCAUCCCCCUUGGUGUUUUUCCUAUUUUGUUGCAUUACAACCUGUAAUUUAAAUAGAUUUUUAUUUGGAUUUCAUGUAAUGGACAUACACAAAAUAGUCUGAAUUGGUGAAGUGAAAUUCAAAAAAUUACUUGUUUCAUAAAACAAUGUAUAAUGGAAAAGUGGUGCGUGCAUAUAUAUUCACCCCCUUUGCUAUGAAGACCCUAAAUAAGAUCUGGUGCAACCAAUUAACUUCAGAAUUCAUUUAAUUAGUUAAAUAAAGUCCACCUGUGUGCAAUCUAAGUGUCACAUGAUCUGUCACAUGAUCUCAGUAUAUAUACACCGGUUCUGAAAGGCCCCAGAGUUUGCAACACCACUAAGCAAGGGGCAUCACCAAGCAAGUGGCACCAUGAAGACCAAGGAGCUCUCUAAACAGGUCAGGGACAAAGUUGUGGAGAAGUACAGAUCAGGGUUGGGUUAUAAAAAAAUAUCUGAAACUUUGAACAUCCCACGGAGCAUCAUUAAAUCCAUUAUUAAAAAAUGGAAAGAAUAUGGCACCACAACAAACCUGCCAAGAGAGGGCCGCCCACCAAAACUCACGGUCCAGGCAAGGAGGGCAUUAAUCAGAGAGGCAACAAAGAGACCAAAGAUAACCCUGAAGGAGCUGCAAAGCUCCACAGCGGAGAUUGGAGUAUCUGUCCAUAGGACCGCUUUAAGCCAUACACUCCACAAAGCUGGGCUUUACGGAAGAGUGGACAGAAAAAAGGCAUUGCUUGAAGACAAAAAUGAGCAAACACGUUUGGUGUUCGCCAAAAGGCAUGUGGGAGACUCCCCAAACAUAUGGAAGAAGGUACUCUGGUCAGAUGAGACUAAAAUUUGAGCUUUUUGGCCAUCAAGGAAAACACUAUGUCUGGCGCAAACCCAACAUCUCUCAUCACCCCAAGAACACCAUCCCCACAGUGAAGCAUGGUGGUGGCAGCAUCAUGCUGUGGGGAUGUUUUUCAUCGGCAGGGACUGGGAAACUGGUCAGAAUUGAAGGAAUGAUGGAUGGCGCUAAAUAAAGGGAAAUACUUGAGGGAAACCUGUUUCAGUCUUCCAGAGAUUUGAGACUGGGACGGCAGUUCACCUUCCAGCAGGACAAUGACCCUAAGCAUACUGCUAAAGCAACACUCGAGUGGUUUAAGGAGAAACAUUUAAAUGUCUUGGAAUGGCCUAGUCAAAGCCCAGACCUCAGUCCAAUUGAGAAUCUGUGGUAUGACUUAAAGAUUGCUGUACACCAGAGGAACCCAUCCAACUUGAAGGAGAUGGAGCAGUUUUGCCUUGAAGAAUGGGCAAAAAUCCCAGUGGCUAGAUGUGCCAAGCUUAUAGAGACAUACCCCAAGACACUUGCAGCUGUAAUUGCUGCAAAUGGUGGCGCUACAAAGUACUUUGACUUUGUGAAUAGUUAUGCACGCUCAGGUUUUCAGUUUUUUUGUCUUAUUUCUUGUCUGUUUCACAAAAAAAAAAUAUUUUGCAUCUUCAAAGUGUUAGGCAUGUUGUGUAAAUCAAAUUGUACAAACCCCUCCAAAAAAUAUAUUUUUAUUCCAGGUUGCAGGGCAACAAAAUAGGAAAAAUGCCAAGGGGGAUGAAUACUUUCGCAAGCCACUGUAUUUGGUUUUAAUGCAGACAAGAGCACUGAAUCCAGCUUCACACAGAUGAGCUGGCGAAGGGUACCUUGCGUUUUAUGGUGCUUUCAAGACAACUGGGAACUCUGAAAAAUACAAGGUCAAAUCAUGACAUCAGUGAUCUUCAGGUCGGAGCUCUAGAAAGAGCCCCGAGUUCCCAAAUUGGAAUUCUGAGUUUAAUGACCGUAAAAUAAUAAUAAUCCAAGUUGGAGCUUGUUUUUUUUCCCAGAGUUCCCAGUUUUCUUGAACACAAUGAAGUUGGAAGUCAGAUAGUUCCAAGUUCCCAGGUCCCAGUUGUUUUGAACGUGGCAUUAAUGCUCAGAGGGAGACGGCAGGGUAUUCCCUUUGAGGCAGGAACCAAAACUCCUCUGUAGUGACCCGUGAAUGCAUUCGGUCACAUGACAGCUCGAUCAGCUGUUCGAUUUCACUUACAGGCAUGUCAACUGAGCCAGGAUCAAAGUCAAACGGAUUAGGAAGUAUAUCCCAAAGUGCUCUUCCAAGCGUUGGAGGUGAGCAGUCAUCACUCGUGUGGGACCCUUACUGAUGCUGUUUUCUGUUAGAAACAUGCACAGCUGAGGGAAGGGGGCAUGGUUCAAUUUUGAAAGACUCUCUCCAAUAAGAAUUCUUUCCUCUGAAUCCUUUGAUUCAGUCAGUCAUCUGUAGAAUGUUUUUGUAUUUCCCUUGCAUGGUUGCAUUCAGUUUGUUCAGUUUCCCAAAUAUGUCUGUUUUCAUUACACUGAAAGUCAACCAAAACGUUUCUUUUUUUUUACAUCCAUUAUGAAUGACAACAGUUCCACUCUCAAUGCGAAAAAUCUUUCCAACAAUCCCCUUCGAUAACCACCAAGCCUCAGUGUGAAAUAGAACAUUGUCAUGCUCUGAUCCAUUUACAUUUACAUUUACGUCAUUUAGCAGACGCUCUUAUCCAGAGCGACUUACAAAUUGGUGCAUUCACCUUAUAGCCAGUGGGAUAACCACUUUACAAUAUGUUAUUUUUUUUCUUUGGGGUGGGGUAAGGGGGGGUAGAAGGAUUGCUUUAUCCUAUCCCAGAUAUUCCCUAAAGAGGUGGGGUUUCAAGUGUCUCCGGAAGGUGGUGAGUGACUCCGCUGUCCUGGCAUCGUGAGGGAGCUUGUUCCACCAUUGGGGUGCCAGAGCAGCGAACAGUUUUGACUGGGCUGAGCGGGAACUGUGCUUCCGCAGAGGUAGGGGGGCCAGCAGGCCAGAGGUGGAUGAACGCAAUGCCCUCGUUUGGGUGUAGGGACUGAUCAGAGCCUGAAGGUACGGAGGUGCCGUUCCCCUCACAGCUCCGUAGGCAAGCACCAUGGUCUUGUAGCAGAUGCGAGCUUCAACUGGAAGCCAGUGGAGUGUGCGGAGGAGCGGGGUGACGUGAGAGAACUUGGGAAGGUUGAACACCAGACGGGCUGCGGCAUUCUGGAUGAGUUGUAGGGGUUUAAUGGCACAGGCAGGGAGCCCAGCCAACAGCGAGUUGCAGCAAUCCAGACGGGUGAUGACAAGUGCCUGGAUUAGGACCUGUGCCGCUUCCUGUGUAAGGCAGGGUCGUACUCUCCGAAUGUUGUAGAGCAUGAACCUACCCAUGUCUCCACAUAGUUUUGCAAACAGGCGUGCGCACAGUGGUUGUGCUUUGAUGUAGUUUACAAAUGAAGUUACCUGCUGCAUUAUAUCUCAGAGUUCUGUGCUCAGCUCUUUUGCCACCAGUUUCUCUCGGUGUACUAUACAAUGCGCCCAUAUGGUAGAUGGAGACACAUUCAUAACUAGAGUGCAGAGGCCCCUGCCUGCUGUCCCGCCAUAGAUGGAGCCCCAUCUGUGCAAAAGCCAACCAUUCGAUCCCAUGGAAUCUGUUUUUCGUCAAUAUAACCACACAGCACACUGAACAUCCCCUGUGCCAUUUCAUGCUUGGCUAUCGUGAGACAGAACAAUAUGUCCUCGUGAAUAGCAUCCCCCGACAUGUAUAGCGAACAAAAGUCAAUGCAUGGGCAUCUCGGCCCUCUCAGCUAAAGUCCAUUUGGAGAGCAUAGGCUGGGGAGUUUUUGAGUCGUUCAGAGUUUCCUCUUGAUUGCUAGCAAUAGCAUCAAUUAUUAGUUUAACAGUGUUAUCUGACAAAGGUAUUGAUGUGAGUUUCUGUACCACUGCCUCCCCACACAUUGUUUUCACCAUAUCAAUUGUGGCCGGUAAUAUCAAAGUCUCUGCAAUAGUGUGUUGUUUCAUAGGGAAGUGGGCCUAGCCAUUGACCGUGGGAAUGAUUCAAGUGCAACGGUCAAGUGCGGCCUUUUCCCAUGAUCUAAGGGCGCUCUCUGGUUGAAUUCUAUCUUUUAGAUUUGAAUAAUUUUUAUUUCGAUUUUUAAGGUUAAUCACUUUACAAUGAUUUUGAGAUACAAAGACAAUAUUAUAUUAUCUAUAUAUUAUCCCGCGACCCCAUUUUCAUGUCAGUGACCCCGAGAUUGGGAACCGACGUCUUACACUAAAAGGGCAUUAUUAUCAUAAUUUUAAAAAUGUCACAGUAUUAUUCCAACCUCAUAGUGUGGAUAUAUACACUGAGUGUACAAAACAUUAAGAACCCCCCCCCCCCCCCCCCCCCCCCCCCAUGGACUCUACAAGAUGUUGAAAGCUUUCCAUAGGGAUGCUGGCUCAUGUUGACUCCACAGGAAAACUGUUGAGCGUGAAAAUCAUUAGCUUUGCAGUUCUUGACACAAACUGGUGCGUCUGGCACCUACUACCAUACCCCGUUCAAAGGCAAUUAAAUAUUUUGUCUUGCCCAUUCACCCCCUGAAUGGCACACAUGCACAAUCCAUGUCUCAAUUGUCUCAAGGCUUAAAAAUCAUUUUUUAACCUGUCUCCUCCCCUUCAUGUACACUGAUUUGAGUGGAUUUAACAAGUGACAUCAAUAAGGGAUCAUAGCUUUCACCUGGUCAGUCUAUGUCAUGGAAAUAUCAGGUGUUCUUAAUGUUUUGGACUGCACUGGGCCUUUAUGUAGUUUUAGACUAGUAUUUGUGUUGGUUGCAUAAUGUUAGUGUAUGUUUGUUUUGAAUCGUUAAAGGUUUCAGUUCUGUCUGUGCUGUUAACCCCAUAAGAUCUAUGGGCCUGGGUUUCCACUAAGAUAACAUAUGGAAUUGUUUUAAGAUGGUCAUACCAAGGAUCAUUUAGUUAUUUGAUUUAGAAUUUUAAGACCCCUGUAGUUAUAAAAAAACAAACUAAACAAAAAAUAUUUGAUGAAAUAUUGAAUUUGGCCUUAAUGCUAUUAGCCCAUAGAAAAGCAUUGAAUAACAUAUUAAUUCAUACAUUUUUGCGACCCAUAUUUAACCCCCUUUUUGGGCACUAAAGUAGCCAAUCCCUAAGCCUUUAGCCCUGUCUUGGGACCUGUCUAUUGUGCUUGAGGUGAUUUUUCUGCAACUUUUUGAGCCGCUGGAAAGUGUGCAGUUGAAAUAUCUCUCCUUCAAGACGGCUUUGCUGAUUGCCCUUUCAGCCCGCCGCCCUUCAACUCUAUGGAAGAAGGGCGUCUCUACUGUUUAUGUCCAGUACGCACGUUGUAUCUACUUGGAUUGAACAAAAGCAUGGCGCAAGAGGGACCAACUCUUCGUGUCCUGGGCGCCCCCAUGCAAAGAUGGGCCCCUCUCUCGUCAGCUGCUAUCCCAUUGGGUAGUGGAGGCUAUUAUAUUAACGUAUAAUACUGUACUAAUGGUUUACAGCCCCUGGAGGGCCUGAGGGCUCAUUCUACCAGGUUACUUUCAGACGAGUCUUGUGAGGCUUGCGGGCGUCAACAGGACAAUGACCCAACACACCUCCAGGCUGUGUAAGGGCUAUUUUACCAAGAAAGAGAGUGAUGGAGUGCUGCAUCAGAUGACCUGGCCUCCACAAUGCCCCGACCUCAACCCAAUUGAGAUGGUUUGGGAUGAGUCGGACAGCAGAGUGAAGGAAAAGCAGCCAACAAGUGCUCAGCAUAGGUGGGAACUCCUUCAAGACUGUUGGAAAAGCAUUCCAGGUGAAGCUGGUUGAGAGAAUGCCAAGAAUGUGCAAAGCUGUCAUCAAGGCAAAGGGUGUCUAUUUGAAGAAUCUCAAAUAUAAAAUAUAUUUUGAUUUGUUUAACACUUUUUUGGUUACUACUUGAUUCCAUAUCUGUUAUUUCAUAGUUUUGAAGUCUUCACUAUUAUUCUACAAUGUAGAAAAUAGUAAAAAUAAAGAAAAACCCUUGAAUGAGUAGGUGUGUCCAAACUGAUGACUGGUAGUGUACGUAUUGGUGAGCAUCUCACCUUUCGAUUAGUGUGUAGCCCAAACCGUUUGGACACUACUGACCGAAGUUGGCACAUCGGCGGUACUGACUUCAGAUGAGUCCUGUGACGCUUGUGGGGAUUGUAGAGCAAAACGGUGAACACCGUCGUGUUCGUGAGAGUCUCAUCUUUCCAUAGAGGGGACAUAAUAGUUUGUAGCCCAAACCGGACGCUACAGAAAGUUUUGCGAGAAGACUGAUUUUCGGGAUAGAUGCGGUAAAGAGGUCCAUGGAACUCGACCCAGACAAUGGAAAUGCCAUGGAAAUGCGUGGGGGAAAGAUCCUGAAUCCCCCCAGCAAAAUGUGCCUACUUUUAGGCAAUUUAUUAUGUGUAUUUCACACUAUGUUGAGGUAGGAAUCGAAGUAUAAUGCUUGUAUGGAUGUCAACCCCAAUAGAUGUUCAUGCCAUUGUCACCAAUCAACUACAUUGCAGUUAAGAACGACUGACUACCACCACCGAUUUCUGUAUGCUAGCUAUGCUACCAGCUUAUACGAACAUGAGUUAGUAUUAGCAUUCACUUCUUCUAAACCUGGAAAGGGACUACUUCUAAAUGUUAUGCAGCGAAAACAGCCAAAUAUAUCCAAAUCGGACUUUAGUAACCACAUUGAGGGCCUGUUACAAUACAUCAAUCAUGACGGAUUUGACGAAUAUCCACUUUGUUAGAUUUAUUGAAUGUGUGCCAAUCCGGCAGCUUUCUUCUAUCCCCCACGGUCUGCGUUCCAUUGACCUCUUUACCGCGCCUAUGUCUCCUGGUCUGAAAAACACAGCUGUAGCUCUGCCACUUUCCACCGCAGAUGCAGGAGGCUGACAUCGGCGGAUGUGAUACACAGCCCGUGCAACAAAAAAAAACAUAUCUCUAGCUUAAACAGACACAUUUUUAUGGGGCUGUUUUUAUUAUGCUAAUUAGAUUUCCGCAGGGCGCAGACAUCAACUCUUUAAUGUGUGUCCUGAUACCGCUAACCUGUUGUUUUUGUUGUUGUUGUGUUGCAGGUUCAGGAACAUGGCAGAUUCAGGCUCAGUGAUGGCGUCUGCAGGGAUGUAUGGAGAGAAUGACCAUGCUAUGCUACACCAGAAGGCUGACAUGAUCAUCAAGAUCUUCCUCAAGUCAGAGAUCUCUCCCAAACUCAGGGUAGGACUACUUAGUUCAGAUGUCUUAUAUGAUACUGUGGUUUUAUAUGAUAUCAUGUUUUAUAUGAUACUUAUUACAUUUCUUAUUUUCAUCUGCAGUCCCAUUGGCUGUCUUUUUAUAUCCCAUAUCGUGUUAUGGUUAAUAUAAUAUGGUAACUCUGUGCUGCUUUGUUUGUAGAUAAACAUAGCUGAGACCCAGAGGGAUGCCAUACUGCUGCUAUGCUCCACAGGGAAAGUAGACAGAGGACUGUUCCACCCAGCUAUCAUAACCAUCUUCCCCAACCUCAUCUUCUGCUGGAAAAAGUGACCUAUAGCUAGUGUUAUUAUUACUAUCAAUAUUACAGUACAUGCUGUUACACAUUUUGGUAUUUAGGGAAACCUCUUUAUCUGUGACUUUAUGUAAUACCUUUCUAUAUACAUAAUUUCACGAGGCAACAGUCUGAUAUUACUUUCCCCCAUAAUGGUUUAAUUCUAGCCUGUGUACCAGACAGUAAGAGAGCAGCAACAGACUAGUACCCAGGCUAGUUGAACGGACCUUGCUGAGUAAACUGAUCCCUCCCCUGCUUUAGGUUCUGUAAUCAGAAGUUGACGAAGAACCUGUAUGGAGUCAAGCCUACUAAGAAGCAGGAGGUCUCCUCCACCCCAGACUACAUGGGCCCGCUGCUCAUAGACAACGACUGGUACCGCAAGGUCAAAACCAUCAUGUCCAUGACAGGUCAGUUCCACUGUCCAAGACAGUUAGAGAGCAGAGUAGGGAAUCUUUAUAAGCCCAUAGGAACAAUAUGUAAAUAAAUGUACUGUACAUAUAGAUGAUAUUAAAACACGGAGUUGCCUAUAUGCAGCCAAAACAGAAAAAGAAAUGCGGUCAGAGACCCACUUGAGCAGCACCACCCCCUCAAGAUUCUGAGCCUGCCUGGCAGGGUUGGUCCUACAAAGCCAGAGCCCCCUGAUGGUAGAGCAUAAUAUACAAGGAAAUUCUCAAAGCUGCUAAUGAGAACCUUGACGACCUUGUACCUAACCGGUGGGGAUUCCGGUGGGGUACCCCCACCCAGGUAGUGGCAGUGCUGGCAACACUGGCUGCAGUAACCCAUGCGGAGGGGGUCACACUCGGACAAUCAGAGAGGGGGCAUAUUAUUGUGGCCCUGGGGGCACAAAAUAAUUAAAGGUCUGACUGCACGGAAAUGCUUGGGAAAAAUGGUUACAACGGGGGACCAGAGUGUUUGUGUCUCAGGGGAAGAGGGUGGAUCUGAUCUCCACCACCUAGGACUUGACAUAGAUUCAUCAAAUCUCACAUUGUUGUCAAUUUUUGCUCAAUCUUGCAUGCUUUCUCAAACAGCUGUAACUGUAUAUGCAUUCGUAAAUCAGGUCCUUUCUUGAGUUGGGCUCUGGGAUGUAACAACCGUUGAGCAUCUGAUAUUAUGGUUGAUUGUGGAGGAAAUGGGUUGAGUGUGUUAGAGUAUGUGCGUGUGUGUGUGUAUUUAUCCCACAUCUGUUGCAAGGGGGUAAGGAUGUUAGGGAAAAUAUAGGAUGAACCACAAUAAUUGUUUGCUAAAAUAAGAAUUGCUUGACAAAAAUGUAAUGUAAUGGCAAUCCGGGUUAUAGGUAACAAUCCUACGCAUGAACUGCCAACAUUAUUACGCAUAUUAAUUGAUAAUGAUGGAAAUUAAGAUAUGCAAGAUAUUUGAAUAGAUAUAUAUUUUUAAAUAGCUAUAUAUAUAUUGAGGUGAGAGCAUUGGAAAUGCUUUUGGCGGUUGACCUGCUUCUGUAUUGUGGGUGGCACUGUGUGCUGUUUUCGAAUGGAUGGGUCCUGGCCUCUCGGGGGCCUAGGGAUCCGGGGGGACGGGGGUGGUUUGCCGAUCACUGGGAUGACGGCCCAACUUGGGACGGGGAGGGGCUUUAGCGGGGCAUUUAGUGGAGAACAAUUAGAGGGUUACUUAGUAGCAAUGCAAAUAUCAUGGUACAGCUAUAUGGACACUCAAUCACUAUGGUAUUUUUUAUUGGCACAUUUACAAACAUAUAUUAUGAUAAAUAGAUUUGAAACUUGUAUCUCAUUAUGGUAUGUGGUGAAAUAAGUAUAGUCAGUUAUAAUUGUAAUGGCUUAGCAGAUAAUAACAAAAGAAGAACAAUAUUUACAUGGCUCAAAGAGAAGGAAUAUAAUAUCUAUUGUUUACAGGAAACUCAUUCAACAAUUCUAGAUGAAGUUGCGUGGAAAAACGAAUGGAGGGAUGAAAUAUACUUCUCCCAUGGGCAAAGAAACUCAAAAGGGGUGAAGAUAUUAAUUAACAGUAAUUUGUCCAAACAGAUCCGCAAGGUAGAUGGAUUAUUUUAAAUAUGUUAUUGGACCAUAAACAGAUAUGGCUCAUUAACCUUUACGGACCAAAUAAUGAUGAUCCACACUUCUUUGACAAUAUAUAUAAUAAAUUAUCAACCCUGCAAGCAAUACAAGACUAUAUUAUUAUGGUGGGAGAUUAUAAUACUGUUUUAAAUAGCUCAAUGGACCGUAAAGGAAAUCACACUACAAACUAUCACCCUCAUGCUCUUAAGGAAAUCGUGAAUGUCAUGGAUACAUUAGAACUAGUAGAUAUAUGGAGGCUUAAAUAUCCUGAUCUAGUGAGAUAUACAUGGCGGAGACUCAAUCAAGCUAGUCGUCUUGACUUCUUUCUUAUGUCAUUCUCGUUGGCACCAAAAGUUUAAAAAGUGUUGAUAAGGGACAGAAUGCGGUCGCACCAUCAUAUAAUUGGCAUAUAUAUGAUAACUUGUUUUUAACUAGGACAGAGGAAUUUAUAACUGAUUUUUUCCGACAUAACAUAGGUACAGCAAAUCCCCUUAUUGUAUGGGACACUUUUAAAUGUUCCUUUAGAGGCCAUGCAAUUCAGUACUCAUCUCAAAAACAAAAGCAAUUUAGGUCAAAAGACUCCAUACUAACAAAGGAAAUAGAAGGUCUAACAGAACAGAUAGAUAGCAAUAAAACCUGUAACAUAGAGGCUCAGAAUAAAUUAGAGGAAAAACAAAAAUAAAUGGCGAAACUUAUUCAAGAAAGAUUAAGUGUAAUAUAUUAUAAAAAUAAAGCAAACUGGAUGGAAUAUGGGGAAAAAUGCACCAAAUUAUCUUCAACAUAGGAAUGCUACCGAAAAGAAUUUACUGAAACUGGUUACAAAUGACAGAGUCACCCAUGAUUCACCAAACCUGGGGCGGCAGGUAGCUUAGUGGGUAAGAGCGUUGUGCCAGUAACCGAAAGGUCGCUGGUUCUAAUCCCCGAGCCGACUAGGUGAAAAAUCUGUCGAUGUGCCCUUAAGCAAGGCACUUAACCCUAAUUGCUCCUGUAAGUCGCUCUGGAUAAGAGCGUCUGCUAAAUGACAAAACAUAAAUGAUAUUUUGAAGGAGGAAAUAAAGUACUUUAAGCAUAUGUUUUCGUUUCAGUCGCCUCCAUCUCCUCUAACUGAAGCAAAUUGUAGAGAUUUUUUUUCUAUUGAUAAUGUAAAAUUAACAGCCAUACAGAAAGACACAUGUGAAGGUGAAAUUACAGAGGAGGAACUUCUGGAUGCAAUUAAAGACUUUAAGUCUGGGAAAACUCCAGGGUUGGAUGGCAUACCAGUCAAGGUAUACCAAACCUUUUUUGACAUACUCAGAAGACCGUUAUUAGCAUGUUUUAACCACUCCUAUGUAAAUGGUAGAUUAUCAGACACUCAAGAAGAAGGUCUGAUUUCAUUAUUACUGAAACAGGAUACAAGUGGGAAAUAUAAAGAUCCAGUCCAUUAAAAAAAAUGGAGGCCCCUUACACUUCAGUGUUGUGAAGCAAAAAUUCUAGCAAAAUGUAUAGCGCAUAGAAUUAAAAAGGUAUUGUCGGACAUUAUUCAUUCUAAUCAGACAGGUUUUUUACAUGGGCGAUACAUUGGAGAUAAUAUAAGGCAAGUACUGGAAACAAUAGAACACUAUGAAAAAUCUGGGAAACCAGGCCUACUAUUCAUAGCAGACGUCGAAAAGGCAUUUGAUAAAGUACGACUGGGGUUUAUAUAUAAAUGCCUGGAGCAUUUCAAUUUCGGAGAAUCUCUUAUAAAAUGGGUUAAAAUCAUGUAUAGUAACCCUAGGUGUAAAAUAGUAAAUAAUGGCUAUUUCUCCAAAAGUUUUAAACUGUCAAGAGGAGUGAAACAAGGUUGUCCACUAUCGGCACAUCUAUUUAUUAUGGCCAUCGAAAUGUUAGCUAUUAAAAUCAGAUCCAACAAUAAUAUAAAGGGAUUAGAAAUCCAGGGCUUAAAAACAAAGGUGUCAUUGUACGCUGAUGAUUCAUGUUUUCUGUUAAAUCCACAUUUUACACUUUAGUCAUUUAGCAGACGCUCUUAUCCAGAGCGACUUACAGUUGGUGAGUGCAUAUAUUUUCAUACUGCCCCCCGUGGGAAACGAACCCACAACCCUGGCAUUGAAAGCAGCAUGCUCUACCAACUGAGCUACAGGGGACUACAGUGGGGGAAAAAAGUAUUUAGUCAGCCACCAAUUGUGCAAGUUCUCCCACUUAAAAAGAUGAGAGGCCUGUAAUUUUCAUCAUAGGUACACGUCAACUAUGACAGACAAAAUGAGAAAAAAAAUCCAGAAAAUCACAUUGUAGGAUUUUUAAUGAAUUUAUUUGCAAAUUAUGGUGGAAAAUAAGUAUUUGGUCAAUAACAAAAGUUUCUCAAUACUUUUUUAUAUACCCUUUGUUGGCAAUGACACAGGUCAAACGUUCUCUGUAAGUCUUCACAAGGUUUUCACACACUGUUGCUGGUAUUUUGGCCCAUUCCUCCAUGCAGAUCUCCUCUAGAGCAGUGAUGUUUUGGGGCUGUCGCUGGGCAACACAGACUUUCAACUCCCUCCAAGGAUGUUCUAUGGGGUUGAGAUCUGGAGACUGGAUAGGCCACUCCAGGACCUUGAAAUGCUUCUUACGAAGCCACUCCUUCGUUGCCCGGGCGGUGUGUUUGGAAUCAUUGUCAUGCUGAAAGACCCAGCCAUGUUUCAUCUUCAAUGCCCUUGCUGAUGGAAGGAGGUUUUCACUCAAAAUCUCACGAUACAUGGCCCCAUUCAUUCUUUCCUUUACACGGAUCAGUCGUCCUGGUCCCUUUGCAGAAAAACAGCCCCAAAGCAUGAUGUUUCCACCCCCAUGCUUCACCGUAGGUAUGGUGUUCUUUGGAUGCAACUCAGCAUUAUUUGUCCUCCAAACACGACGAGUUGAGUUUUUACCAAAAAGUUCUAUUUUGGUUUCAUCUGACCAUAUGACAUUCUCCCAAUCCUCUUCUGGAUCAUUCAAAGACACUCUAGCAAACUUCAGACGGGCCUGGACAUGUACUGGCUUAAGCAGGGGGACACGUCUGGCACUGCAGGAUUUGAGUCCCUGGCGGCGUAGUGUGUUACUGAUGGUAGGCUUCCUUACUUUGGUCCCAGCUCUCUGCAGGUCAUUCACUAGGUCCCCCCGUGUGGUUCUGGGAUUUUUGCUCACCGUUCUUGUGAUCAUUUUGACCCCACGGGGUGAGAUCUUGCGUGGAGCCCCAGAUCGAGGGAGAUUAUCAGUGGUCUUGUAUGUCUUCCAUUUCCUAAUAAUUGCUCCCACAGUUGAUUUCUUCAAACCAAGCUGCUUACCUAUUGUAGAUUCAGUCUUCCCAGCCUGUUGCAGGUCUACAAUUUUGUUUCUGGUGUCCUUUGACAGCUCUUUGGCCUUGGCCAUAGUGGAGUUUGAAGUGUGACUGUUUGAGGUUGUGGACAGGUGUCUUUUAUACUGAUAACAAGUUCAAACAGGUGCCAUUAAUACAGGUAACGAGUGGAGGACAUAGGAGCCUCUUAAAGAAGAAGUUACAGGUCUGUGAGAGCCAGAAAUCCUGCUUGUUUGUAGGUGACCAAAUACCUAUUUUCCACCAUAAUUUGCAAAUAUAAUCAUAAAAAAUCCUACAAUGUGAUUUUCUGGAGAAAAAAUUUCUCAAUUUGUCUGUCAUAGUUGACGUGUACCUAUGAUGAAAAUUACAGGUCUCUCUCAUCUUUUUAAGUGGGAGAACUUGCACAAUUGGUGGCUGACUAAAUACUUUUUUCCCCCACUGUAUAUCCACAACUUGAAUCCCUCCACAGCCUCAUAGAGGAUCUAGAUACAUUUUCUAACCUCUCUGGAUUACAACCAAAUUAUGCUAAAUGUACUAUAUUAUGUAUUGGAUCACCAACAAUUUUUACAUUACCAUGUAGUUUACCAAUAAAAUGGUCUGAUGGUGAUGUGGAUAUACUCGGAAUACAUAUCCCAAAUGAAAUAAAUGAUCUCACUCCAAUACAUUUUAAUAGAAAGUUAGCAAAAAUAGAUAAGAUCGUGCUACCAUGGAAAGGUAAAUACCUGUCAAUUUGUGGAAAAAUCACCCUGAUUAACUCUUUAGUAUUAUCCCAGUUUACCUAUUUGCUUAUGGUCUUGCCUACGCCUAGCGAACAGUUUUUUAAAUUAUAUGAGAAAAAAAUAUUCCAUUUUAUUUGGAACGGCAAGCCAGACAAAAUUAAACAUGCCUAUUUAUAUAAUGAAUAUGAAUUCGGAGGACAGAAAUGAUUAAAUAUUAAAGCAUUAGACCUAUCACUAAAAGCUUCAGUCAUACAAACGUUAUACUUAAAUCCGAACUGGUUCUCUAGCAAAUUAGUAAGAUUGUCUCACCCAAUGUUCAAGAAUUGACUUUUUCCCUUUAUUCAGAUUACAACCACUCACUUUAAGUUAUUUGAAAAGGAAAUAAUCUCCCAAAUAUCACUAUUUCUAAGGUAUACCAGGUUAAUUUAAGGACCAAAGGAUUGACAGCCGUCCCAUAUAGAUUGCAAAAUAGUUGGGAAGAGAUUUUUGAUGUACCGAUGCCAUGGCAUAGUGUUUAUGAACUGAUACGCAAAACGACGUCGGAUUCAAAACUUUUCAAUUUAAAUUAUUAUACAAAAUUAUUGCUACCAGUAGAAUGUUAUUUAUAUGGGUGAUACAAUCAUCCCAAAUCUGCAGAUUUUGCUGCUAAGAGACAGAAUCAUUAGAUCAUUUGUUUUGGUACUGUCCAUUUGUAGCUUGUUUUUGGACACAGGUCUAGGAAUGGCUAAAGGAUUGCAAUAUUUACCUGGAGCUAACCCUGCAGAUAGCACUACUGGGUGAUCUGAAAAGUCAAGGUCAAUCGAUCAAUAAUAUAAUAAUACUUUUAGCAAAAAUGUUUAUUUUCAAUUUACAAUCUGUAGAAACAAUGAGAAUAGAAGGGUUCAGAACUUUUGUGAAACAUCACAGUACAGUUGAAAAAUGAAUGGCAAAUAGAAAUCCAAUAUGGAUGGUGUUAAGAGAUAGAUAGGUGGUGUUGAAUGGAGUUGAAGGAUGGGACUAAUAACAACUAACAACAACUAAUAUCAACAAGAUAACUAAUGUAAAGCAUACUGUGUCCAUAAUACGUUUAUAGGUUAUAGGUUGAAAGGUUUUGUGAAAGAGCACAGUUAGAAAGAUAUGGCAUAUAGAAGCAAACCGGAUGGACAUCAUGAAAAUGAUCGGAGAGGUUGAGGGUAGAGGAAGUUCAGGAGUAAAAAUAAACAAAAUAGAAUUAUUGUAAAAUUGACUGUGUCCAUAAAAUGUAUAUAGUAUGUACAGUGGGGAGAACAAGUAUUUGAUACACUGCCGAUUUUUCAGGUUUUCCUACUUACAAAGCAUGUAGAGGUCUGUAAUUUUUAUCAUAGGUACACUUCAACUGUGAGAGACAGAAUCUAAAACAAAAAUCCAGAAAAUCACAUUGUAUGAUUUUUAAGUAAUUAAUUUGCAUUUUAUUGCAUGACAUAAGUAUUUGAUACAUCAGAAAAGCAGAACUUAAUAUUUGGUACAGAAACCUUUGUUUGCAAUUACAGAGAUCAGACGUUCCCUGUAGGUCUUGACCAGGUUUGCACACACUGCAGCAGGGAUUUUGGCCCACUCCUCCAUACAGACCUUCUCCAGAUCCUUCAGGUUUCGGGGCUGUCGCUGGGCAAUACGGACUUUCAGCUCCCUCCAAAGAUUUUCUAUUGGGUUCAGGUCUGGAGACUGGCUAGGCCACUCCAGGACCUUGAGGUGCUUCUUACGGAGCCACUCCUUAGUUGCCCUGGCUGUGUGUUUCGGGUCGUUGUCAUGCUGGAAGACCCAGCCAUGACCCAUCUUCAAUGCUCUUACUGAGGGAAGGAGGUUGUUGGCCAAGAUCUCGCAAUACAUGGCCCCAUCCAUCCUCCCCUCAAUACGGUGCAGUAGUCCUGUCCCCUUUGCAGAAAAGCAUCCCCAAAGAAUGAUGUUUCCACCUCCAUGCUUCACGGUUGGGAUGGUGUUCUUGGGGUUGUUCUCAUCUUUCUUCUUCCUCCAAACACGGCGAGUGGAGGUUAGACCAAAAAGCUCAAUUUUUGUCUUAUCAGACCACAUGACCUUCUCCCAUUCCUCCUCUGGAUCAUCCAGAUGGUCAUUGGCAAACUUCAGACAGGCCUGGACAUGCGCUGGCUUGAGCAGGGGGACCUUGCGUGCGCUGCAGGAUUUUAAUCCAUGACGACGUAGUGUGUUACUAAUGGUUUUCUUUGAGACUGUGGUCCCAGCUCUCUUCAGGUCAUUGACCAGGUCCUGCCGUGUAGUUCUGGGCUGAUCCCUCACCUUCGUCAUGAUCGUUGAUGCCCCACGAGGUGAGAUCUUGCAUGGAGCCCCAGACCGAGGGUGAUUGACCGUCAUCUUGAACUUCUUCCAUUUUCUUAUAAUUGCGCCAACAGUUGUUGCCUUCACACCAAGCUGCUUGCCUAUUGUCCUGUAGCCCAUCCCAGCCUUGUGCAGGUCUACAAUUUUAUCCCUGAUGUCCUUACACAGCUCUCUGGUCUUGGCCAUUGUGGAGAGGUUGGAGUCUGUUUGAUUGAGUGUGUGGACAGGUGUCUUUUAUACAGGUAAUGAGUUCAAACAGGUGCAGUUAAUACAGGUAAUGAGUGGAGAACAGGAGGGCUUCUUAAAGAAAAAUGAACAGGUCUGUGAGAGCCGGAAUUCUUACUGGUUGGUAGGUGAUCAAAUACUUAUGUCAUGCAAUAAAAUGCAAAUUAAUUACUUAAAAAUCAUACAAUGUGAUUUUCUGGAUUUUUGUUUUAGAUUCCGUCUCUCACAGUUGAAGUGUACCUAUGAUACAAAUUACAGACCUCUACAUGCUUUGUAAGUAGGAAAACCUGCAAAAUCGUCAGUGUAUCAAAUACUUGUUCUCCCCACUGUAUAUAUAUAUAUAUAUAUAUAUAUAUAUAUAUAUAUAUAUAUUUGUGAGAAAAAACUAACAUAAGUGGGAUUGGAAGUGAUGCAGACAAUUACAUUGAUGGAAGUUACAAUCUAUCUGCAAUAUUAAAGCUGAUCUACCCCCUAACAAAAACAUUUAUCUUUAAAAUAAAUACACGGAGUACAGACAGUUUGGCUAAAGACUCUCCAGUUGGUUGUUUGAGAAGUGACAUCAUCUCUACGUCAACAGAGGACCACACCACUCUGAGGUUUACAGUCCACCAUGGACUAAAACUGAUCCUGCCUCAAGCCAUACUGGAUCUGAAACUGUCACACAAUGAUAUGCCACUGCCACACAAGGCCCCCAGUCGCCAGAGAUCUGUGCCAACCUACAGCGGGCCACACACUGAGUAUGUAUUUCUGUUUUUCUGUGUUAAGUGGAAAAAUAUUGCUUGAUUGAUGUCAAACGGUUAUUCCAGUAUUUGGAGACAGACACCUGUAUGUAAAUAUAUACUUGUUUUAUGUGUGAUCUGUCUUUUUCUAGCCACCCAGUGUUGGACGCACAUCAGAAACACCAACAUUACAGGUGAGUGCUGUCUUGUCUGUGUUUCAUCUUAUGCAUAGCACAAGGGGAUGCAAUCGCUCCACUGACAACCCAGACAGACACCAUACAGCAGCAGGAGGGGGAAUAUUCUUUAAACCUCUAAAUUAGUUACUUGUCUGAUUUGUUUUAGAGAAUGCCAAAAUUAUUAGUCAAAUUGAUUGGCAUUGUUGUUGUUGUAGUUUCCACCCGCUACCAGCAGAGAGCAGCAUAAGCCAAGACGGAUCCUCUCUCUGAUCAGUGAGGACAACUGGAGCAGCCAGUUGCGUUGAAUAAACAAUACUAAUUUACUCAUGCAUUAGAUCUUCUUAUUGAUUUUUUUCUAAAAUGCUAAAAUCACAAAGAUAUUGGCACUUAUAUUUGCUAAUUUGUUACAGACCAUUUUUAUGAAGGAAACAACAGAGCAACCAAUACAAUAUUUCUGUAACCCUUGUAAGAUCAUAUUUUUAAAGGCAGAGUUAAUAACCAGUAAAUGGUUUGCUCUGCUCUCCUCCUAGGCUGUGCUUCUAAAAAACAAAUAUUUGGGGGUUAGCUCAAAGCUGUUAAGUCAGGCACUUAAAUGAGAAUCGAGACUCAACAUUGGUAUUCCUCCUGCUAACAGAAAGGGUACAGUAAUUGGCUAAUUUCAGCUCUAACGUGCCAUAAAAGCCCUUACUAUCCCUUUUAAUUAAGCCUCAGUGAAAAGCCUUGCUUUGCAACAAUAAAAACGAUGUCAAAUCAGUAUGUAGAACAAUGCUGUACAUGUCAGAAAAUUGAUCUACACAGUAGUUUGAAUUAAAAAGUUUCCAACAGGGGAAUAACUAGGACAGGCCAGUAGAAAAUGGUUAUUGUGUGUGGUCUGGGCUCAUUCUAAAUUACCUCCUUUGUUACCACUGUAGAAAAGCAAUUAAAACAGAGGGGGGAUUUGUGUGUUUCUAUUCUCCAGGAAACUGUCAGCUGCGCUGUCUUACUUUUAAUUUUUUUUUUAGAAGGAAUCAAAUUCCUCAUGCCCACUCUGCUUAAAUAUUAGGGCAGGCAAAUUUACAUUGUACCUUGGAGUGAAUUAAGGUCUGAGAGGAGGAAAAUGUUCGGCUGGGGACGAACAAAGGCACUGCCUGCACUAAUUAUUGGCGAUGGAAAUCCUGUUUUUGCGCGUUAUUGUGACAGAGAAUAUGAGUCUAUCUGAUACCUUGUCAGAGUUAUUAAAAAUGACGGUCUGCACAGUGUGAAUCUGAAUGCAGCCUUAGGCCCUGUUUUUAUUAUGGAUUGUGAAGUUAGUCUUUUCUUUCACUCCCUCACAUUACACUUUCAAGUGGCGCUGCUGCUGUUAUUGUUCAGUUUCUUUGUUUGUUCUCUGCCUAGAAUAUAAGAACAUAAAAAUGUAGAAUAUAUUCUGUUAAAUACACUUAUUAACAUUUGGAAUUGAUUAGUGACACUUGUGGUUUUAACUGUGCAUUUUAAAUCAUCAAAGGUUAACACUAUCAUUACAGUAUUUACAAAUGUGGACUUCAACCUUAAUAAUACUGAAAUGUUCAGAAUGAGUACACGCCACAGUAUAUUUCUAUAAAGAUCUCUACACAUUGAGUGUUUCAUGUGCGAUCUCUUGCCUCACCUCAGUCAGUCUGCCAUGCAACCCCCUUUUAUUUCCUCUUCUCAGCUAAAUGUCAGCAGUCUCCAGUUUGUAGUCUUGGUGAGAGAGAGCGAAGGGGGGGAAUAGAGAGGGAGGUGGAGAGAGAAGGAGAGUGAGAGAGAAGGAGACCUGCCAGAGGCAUUAGACAGUGAACGGCUAAUUUCCCUAAAACACACUUUUAAUUAAACAAAUGGCCAUGGAGAGGGGAGAGGAAAAUAUAAAUGGUGGGAGACUGUCGUAGAAUUUCCUGUGUGUGGAGGAGUUCAUUAAUAUUUCCAGACCCUGCGGUGUUUCCAGACCUUAUUAUUGGCAGCCUCCCAAAUUGCACAGUAUUCCCUAUAUAGUGCACUACUUUUGACCAGAGCCAUAUGAGCCCUGGUCAAAACUAGUGCACUACAAACGGAAUAGGGUGCCAUUUGGAAUGUGGCCAUUGUCUCUGGUUCCACUCACCAGCACUACCAGAAACCAGGCUGUUAUGGUCUUUAGUACUAACAGUAAUGAGGGUGCUGUGGCCCCUGUAGAAUGGUUACACAGUAGCAGGGGCUGCUGGUAUAGCCCUGGCCCCAAUGUCGGCCUACUUGACCCUGGUAAAUGGCGGUGGUGGUGCUGACAUGCGCAGGACCAAGAUACUAGGUAGCACCUGUUUAACUCACUCUGUCGUUAUCAGCUAUUACCUGGUUAGAUUGAGUGUCAAAUCCAAUCUGUUGUGUUUAAAAUUUUAGAUGUGGCGUUGAGGCUGCCUUGAGUUUGUCUCUCUUCAGACCCAGUCAUAUGCUUCAUUAAACACAUUAGGAUGCAAGGUGGAGGAGGCAAGCUACACAUGCACGCACAAAACGUCUUAAUAGUGUUCUGUGGACUAGAGUUAUAAGGCUGUAAAUACACUCUUAGAAAAAAGGGUUCCAAAAGGGAUAUUUGCUGAGGGGAUAGGGUUCUACCAAUAACUGUUUUCAUCUGAAGAACCCUUUUUGGAAGACAAGGGUUCUUCAUAAGGCAAAGAGUUCUACCUAUAACUUUUUUCAUCCUAAGAAAAGUUUUUAGAAGAAAGGGUGCUGAUGAUUAUUUGGAAUGCAAGAAAGAUUAUUUGGAAGGCAAGAAUUAUAUAUAGAACCCUUCUGAAUCUGAAUAAGUUAUUUUUUUUGGGGGGUGGGUUCUUCCUUUAAAUAGUGCCUGAGCAUUAGUGUUUAACUCAGUGUUUAAAGAGCAACUGCCCCCUAAAACCCAACUUCUCAUUUAAAAAACAGCCUGUGGCAUCGAUAUGAGUCAGAAACAUUUAUUAUACUGUCAAAAUUGACUACAAAGUGUAAAUAUGAUAAUUUUGGUCAUAAAGUCAGUCUCGUCCAAAACAGAGUUUUGUGAGACUUGUGGUAGUGACCCCCUCACAAUGUACAGUGCCUUCGGAAAGUAUUCAGACCCCAUUUUGUUAGGUUACAGCCUUAUUAAAUAUUUUUCCCCCUCAUCAAUGUACACACAAUACCUCAUAAUGACAAAACAAAAACUGGUUUUUAUACAUUUUUGCUAAUUUAUCAAAUAAAAUAAACGAAAUAUCACAUUUACAUAAGUAUUCAGACCCUUUACUCAGUACUUUGUUGAAGCACCUUUGGCAGCAAUUACAGCCUCAAGUCUUCUUGGGUAUAAUGCUACAAGCUUGGCACACCUGUAUUUGGGGAGUUUCUCCCAUUCUUCUCUGCAGAUCCUCUCAAGCUCUGUCAGGUUGGAUGGGGAGCGUUGCUGCACAGCUAUUUUGAGUGUCCUGUUGGAAGGUGAACCUUUGCCUCAGUCUGCGGUCCUGAGCGCUCUGGAGCACAUUUUCAUCAAGGAUCUCUCUGUACUUUGCUCCGUUCAUCUUUGCCUCGAUCCUGACUAGUCUCCCAGUCCCUGCCACUGAAAAACACCCCCACAGCAUGAUGCUGCCACCACCAUGCUUCACCGUAGGGAUGGUGCCAGGUUUCCUCCAGACAUGACGCUUGGCGUUCAGGCCAAAGAGUUGAAUCUUGGUUUCAUCAGACCAGAGAAUAUUUUUUCUCAUGGUUUGAGAGUCUUUAGGUGCCUUUUGGCAAACUCCAAGCAGGCUGUCAUGUACCUUUUACUGAGGAGUGGCUUCAGUCUGGCCUGAUUGGUGGAGUGCUGCAGCGAUGGUUGUCCUUCUGGAAGGUUCUCUCAUCUCCACAGAGGAACCAUCGGGUUCUUGGUCACCUCUCUGACCAAGGCCCUUCUCCCCCGAUUGCUCAGUUUGGCUGGGCGGCCAGCUCUACGAAGAGUCUUGGUGGUUCCAAACUUCUUCCAUUUAAGAAUGAUGGAGGCCACUGUGUUCUUGGGGACCUUCGAUGCUGCAGACAUUUUUUGGUACCCUUCCCCAGAUCUGUGCCUCGACGCAAUCCUGUCUCAGAGCUCUACGGACAAUUCCUUUGACCUCAUGGCUUGGUUUUUGCUCUGACAUGCACUAUCAACUGUGGGACCUUUAUAUAGACAGGUGUGUGCCUUUCCAAAUCAUGUCCAAUCAAUUGAAUUUACCACAGGUGGACUCCAAUCAAGUUGUAGAAACAUCUCAAGGAUGAUCAAUGAAAACAGGAUGCACCGGAGCUCAAUUUCGAGUCUCAUAGCAAAGGGUCUGAAUACCUAUGUAAAUAAGGUAUUUGUUUUUAAAUUGUAAUACAUUUGUAAACAUUUCUAAAAACCUGUUUUUCGCUUUGUCAUUAUGGGGUAUUGUGUGUAGAUUGCUGAGGAUUUCUUUUUUAUCUAAUCCAUUUUAGAACAAGGCUGUAACGUAACAAAAUGUGGGAAAGGUCAAUGUGUCUGAAUACUUUCCGAAGGCACUGUAAAUGAAGGUUGGGUUUGUUUCAGUCCUUCCCACAUACCCACAGCUGGCAGCACACAAGUAAUCAUACAUUUGGAGUCCAGCUAUCCCGGAGUGGGAUAGCGGGAGUAGACGUAACACUAAUUAGCCCCAGAGAUGGGCUAUCUGAAGUUAAACCAACUUUGCCAUGUUUGCACAACAGCCGGCUGAAGCUAAUUGGCUAAAUAAUUUGGCUAACUCUUCCCACCUGCGAACACACACGAGACACCCACAUCAAACCACACCCUGAAACCAACUCACGUUUUGAAUUCAGUCAUGGCAGCUAGCAUUUCUUAAUGAACCAAAUCUAAAACGAGGACAAAUCAGGAAGCUCAGUUGGCCUUUUAACUUUAAAGGUCCUGAACAGUCAAAAUCAUGUUUUUCAUGAAAUUGGAUGGUAUUUGGAUGAAACCAGAUCAAAGAAGGAUGACUGAAAAAUUACUGUUGCUUCUACAUUGAUAAAGUUUGAUCAUAAAGUUCGGUCUUCAGUUAGUCUGGAACAAAAGCGGGUGAAGGGUUUCCCAAAACUCUGUCGCAGUUGUCAUGUCAUUACAUCAAGAGACAUGCCAAACAGGAGAUUUAUACAAACUUCUUGACAUCAUUGAUAUUUAUGAUAUACACUAUACAGUAUAUACUCGGGGGGUGCAGAUCAAUAUUAGGAGGGUGCUCCUAAUGUUUGGUAUACUCAGUGUAUGAACAUUGUCUGGCAGUCAGUAUAUAUAUUUAUUGAAAUAUACGUAGACCUCACCCUGUAAAGUUUCAACUGAAAUUGUCCAAGAUGAACUAGCUAGCAUAGGCGGCAUGUCCAUAAGGCUUCCCUCUAAAGUAAAUUGAAUUAAAUUGCCAAAAUGAUAUGGCCUAAUUAGCCGACUCCUGUCUAUACAGUAAUAAAUACAAUAAUUCAAAAUAGCUACUAAACCAGAAAGCAGGAUUUGGCCACAGAGGAUCAUUAGCUUAAAAAAAGUGUGGAUUGUUUUAAAUCUCAUUGUCUACAGUCGGAAAGGCCUGCAAUUUGGGCAGCGCGCACGGCAAAUACCAAAUAUACUCAACAAAAAUAUAAACACAACAUGUAAAGUGUUUCCCAUGUUUCAUGAGCUGAAAUAAAAUAUCCCAGAAAUGUUCAAUACACACAAAAAGCAUUUCUCCUUUGCCAAGAUAAUCCAUCCACCUGAAAGGUGUGGCAUAUCAAGAAGCUGAUUAAACAGCGUGAUUAUUACACAGGUACACCAUGUGCUGGGGACAAUAAAAGGCCACUCGAAAAUGUGCAGUUUUGUCACACAACACAAUGGCACAGAUGUCUCAAGUUCAACCAAAUGAUUUCUUCACAAACUGUCAGAAACUGUCUCAGGGAAGCUCAUCUGCGUGCUUGUCAUUCUCACCAGGGUCUUGACCUGACUGCAGUUCGAAGUCGUAUCCGACUUCAGUGGUCAAAUGCUCACCUUCGAUGGCCACUGGCAUGCUGGAGAAGUGUGCUCUUCACGGAUGAAUCCCAGUUUCAACUGUACGAGGCAGAUGGCAGACAGCGUGUAUGGCGUUGUGUGGGGAGCGGUUUGCUGAUGUCAACGUUGUGAACAGAGUGCCCCAUGGUGGCGGUGGGGUUAUGGUAUGGGCAGGCAUAAGCUACGGACAACGAACACAAUUGCAUUUUAUCGAUGAGACUUUGAAUGCACAGAGAUACCGUGAUGAGAUCCUGUGGCCCAUUGCCGUGCCAUUCAUUCACCGCCAUCACCUCAUGUUUCAGCAUGAUAAUGCACGGCCACAUGUCGCAAGAAUCUGUACACAAUUCCUGGAAGCUGAAAAUGUCCCAGUUCUUCCAUGGCCUUCAUACUUACCACCAGACGUGUGGGAUGCUCUGGAUUGACGUGUACGACAGCGUGUUCCAGUUCCCGCCAAUAUCCAGCAACAUCGCACAGCCAUUGAAGAGGAGUGGGACAACAUUCCACAAGCCACAAUCAACAGCCUGAUCUACUCUAUGCAAAGGAGAUAUGUUGCGCUGCAUGAGGCAAAUGGUGGUCACUCCAGAUACUGACUGGUUUUCAGAUCCACGCCCCUACCUUUUUUUAAGGUAUCUGUGACCAGCAGAUGCAUAUCUGUAUUCCCAGUCAUGUGAAAUCCAUAGAUAAGGGCCUAAUUAACUUAUUUCAAUUGACUAAUUUCCUUAUAUGAACUUGAAAUUGUUGCAUGUUGUGUUUAUAUUUUUGUUCAGUGUAGAUUGUUGAGUUGUGAGUCGCAAUAUUUCAAAAUACAAUCGCGGGAAAACAUAGUUUGGAAAGCAAAUGGCUAUUACUGUAAAGAGAAGACAAUGAAAAUACUCUGUCUUUUAGUUAUCAAAAUUCUCAACUUAAUUGAGUGAACAGUGUAGCCUAUCUUAUUGGCACCAGUGGAGAGCAUCAGCCCAGCCCGGUGAGUGCGCAUAUUCACUCUUUAUCAUUGUUGGGUCAGUGCCACUUUAAAUUAUGUUUUUGGACAAUAAUUUCCUCCUCCAGGUUAGAUGGAUGUCAUAUUUUAUUUGUCUCACCUUCUUGUAGGCCUAUUAUAUGGAUCAAACAACGUCAUUUGUAUUGAUAUGUUUGUUGAUAGUUAUAUUAUUAGCCUAAAUUAUGAUUAUACAAGCUACUCAUCAUAUUAGGAAUAGUAGGCUGUCUUACAUAAGUCUUCAAAUGCGAUGAUGCAUGUAAUGCUUUAUUAUAAAGCUGCAUUCUUAUGGUGAAAAUGUGCUUCCCCAAACUUGAAACUGACACGCUGCCUAUGCUAGCUAGCUUGAUAAACAGUGCUGACAAUUCCAUUUGGGGUAGCUAGCUAAAUUAUACAGCCAACAUAUUGUCUAUAUUGAUGCUGUUACAAUAACCCAGCAGUUGGAUAAACAAAUCAUUUUUUAAAUCAAUAAUUUAUGUACAGUGAGGGAAAAAAUCCCCUGCUGAUUUUGUACGUUUGCCCACUGACAAAGAAAUGAUCAGUCUAUAAUUUUAAUGGUAGGUUUACUUGAACAGUGAGAGACAGAAUAACAACACAAAAAUCCAGAAAAAUUUUUAUAAAUUGAUUUGCAUGAGGGAAAUAAGUAUUUGACCCCUCUGCAAAACAUGACUUAGUACUUGGUGGCAAAACCCUUGUUGGCAAUCACAGAGGUCAGACAUUUCUUGUAGUUGGCCACCAGGUUUGCACACAUCUCAGGAGGGACUUUGUCCCACUUCUCUUUGCAGAUUUUCUCCAAGUCAUAAAGGUUUCGAGGCUGACGUUUGGCAACUCGAACCUUCAGCUCCCUCCACUGAUUUUCUAUGGGAUUAAGGUCUGGAGACUGGCUAGGCCACUCCAGGACCUUAAUGUGCUUCUUCUUGAUCCACUCCUUUGUUGCCUCAGCCGUGUGUUUUGGGUCAUUGUCAUGCUGGAAUACCCAUCCACAACCCAUUUCCAGGGAAGGGAAGGAGGUUCUCACCCAAGAUUUGACGGUACAUGGCCCCGUCCAUCGUCCCUUUGAUGCGGAGAAGUUGUCCUGUCCCCUUAGCAGAAAAACACCCCCAAAGCAUAAUGUUUCCAUGUUUGACGGUGGGGAUGGUGUUCUUGGGGUCAUAGGCAGCAUUCCUCCUCCUCCAAACACGGCGAGUUGAGUUGAUUCCAAAGAGCUCGAUUUUGGUCUCAUCUGACCACAACACUUUCACCCAGUUCUCCUCUGAAUCAUUCAGAUGUUCAUUGGCAAACUUCAGAUGGGCCUGUAUAUGUGCUUUCUUGAGCAGUGGGACCUUGUUGGCAUUGCAGGAUUUCAGUCCUUCACGGCGUAGUGUGUUACCAAUUGUUUUCUUGGUAACUAUGGUCCCAGCUGCCUUGAGAUCAUUGACAAGAUCCUCCCGUGUAGUUCUGGGCUGAUUCCUCACCGUUCUCAUGAUCAUUGCAACUCCACGAGGUGAGAUCUUGCAUGGAGCCCCAGGCCGAGGGAGAUUGACAGGUCUUUUGUGUUUCUUCCAUUUGCGAAUAAUCGCACCAACUGUUGUCACCUUCUCACCAAGCUGCUUGGCGAUGGUCUUGUAGCCCAUUCCAGCCUUGUGUAGGUCUACAAUCUUGUCCCUGACAUCCUUGGAGAGCUCUUUGGUCUUGGCCAUGGUGGAGAGUUUGGAAUCUGAUUGAUUGCUUCUGUGGACAGGUGUCUUUUAUACAGAUAACAAGAUGAGAUUAGGAGCACUCCCUUUAAGAGUGUGCUCCUAAUCUCAGCUCGUUACCUGUAUAAAAGACAACUGGGAGCCAGAAAUCUUUCUGAUUGAGAGGGGGUCAAAUACUUAUUUCCCUCAUUAAAAUGCAAAUCAAUUAAUAACAUUUUUGACAUGCGUUUUUCUGGAUUUGUUUGUUGUUAUUCUGUCUCUCACUGUUCAAAUAAACCUACCAUUAAAAUUAUAGACUGAUCAUUUCUUAGUCAGUUGGCAAACGUACAAAAUCAGCAGGGGAUCAAAUACUUUUUUCCCUCACUGUAAUUGGAUGUUGCACGCAAUUUCAACAUUGUUUGAAUCGCUUUGUUUAUCAGAAAAUGUGCUUGAUAUAAUCUCACUGCAACACUGCUCACAGCGUGCAUGUUGCUUGACAUACAGUAGGUGUUUUCAAAGAACUGUCAGUCAAGGUGAGCUCCCCGCCCACUCAGCGUACUAGCUCCCCGCCAACUCAGUCUGUCUUUUCAGACGUCCUCGUAGUUUGACAUGAGAGAAAAAGUAAUAAUGGGUAAACAUUUUUUAUUGUGGGUGAUGUUUUAGUCACUCAAAAGUCUAUUUUAGGUGGGAAUCAGAAUGACUCUUUGGGACUUUUGACCUUUUAACAUCAGGAGUUUGAGUAAUCUGAUAAGUUUAGAAAGAUGGGUGUGAGAAUGUUUUAAACUGUACCUUAAUGGGAAUAUGUGUGCAUGUAUCUGGUAUUCCUUUAAUCAUUUUACAUAUACAGUACUGACAUAGUUUAUAUCUUUGACAUGAUUUCUGUCUUUCCAAUAAGUAUUUUCUGUGAUUUUAUUGAGCAGAGAGUAGGGGGAUAGAAGGGAGUAUGCGUGAACCAGCAGUGUAUUGUGUGGUACACAGCCAAUUGGCCAGUUUUACCUGUUGAUGUUUCAGUGUAACAUUUCUAGUGUUCACUCAGUGGUGUAAAAUAACCCUAGUGUUGUUGUUAAUAACCAGAGUUGUGUGUGAGAUGAUUGGUCCCGUGUGGCUCAGUUGUAGAACUUGGCACUUGCAACACCAGGGUUGUGGGUUUGAUUCCUAUGGGAGACCAGUACGAACACUUAUGAAUCUGUAUGCACUCACUACUGUAAGUCCCUCUGGAUAAGAGCGUCUGCUAAAUUACGAAAAUGUUUUUAUUUAUUUUUAUGGUCGUCCCAUUAAUCUAUCUUCCCUACUCUGGCAGUCAUUCUGAAUGCAGGUUGUGGGUGAUUAAAGGUUCUAAUUGUUGUAUAAUCCAGCAUAAUGUGAUUUGAUGGCCUGAUGCGGCCUGUAAACCAGGAGUUUCAUAACACCACUGUGUUAGGGUAUAGGUAGGCCCAUGAAGAAAGGCCUUAUGAUAUAUGUAAUGUUUUGUCAUAAAGAGUUUAAUUGUAAAGGCUAAUAAGGCUGGUGGAACCGUUCAUAUAGGUUUCUAGGAAGAACCCUUCAAAGAUAAAAGGGUUCUCGGUAGAACCCUUCAUAGAGAGACUCCCGAGUGGCGCAGUGGUCUAAGGCACUGCAUCGCAGUGCUAGCUGUGCCACUAGAGAUCCUGGUUUGAAUCCAGGCUCUGUCGUAGCCGGCCGCGACCGGGAGACCCAUGGGGCGGUGCACAAGUCGUCCAGGGUAGGGGAGGGAAUGGCCGGCAGGGAUGUAGCUCAGUUGGUAGAGCAUGGCAUUUGCAACGCCAGGGUUGUGGGUUCGAUAAAAUAAUGUAUGCGCUAACUGUAAGUCGCUCUGGAUAAGAGCGUCUGCUAAAUGACUAAAAUGUAAAUGUAGAGGGUUCUAGGUAGAACCAUUUACAGGGGGUUCUAUGAAGAACCCUACAUAGAGGGUUCAAGGUAGAACCCUCUGCAAUGGGUUCUUCCUAGCACCAAAAAGGCUUCCCCUAUGGUGACAAACCCUAAAUGGUUCUACUAUACACCUUUUUUUCUACAAGUGUACUCAUUGUGCAUUUUGAGGCCUUAUGUUACCAACUGAAUAUUAGGGCCUAAGAAUUGUGGACAGUAUCUCCAGUCUGGCAUCCAUCCUAAACUAAUUUCUCACUUUGGUUCCAGCCAGGGGCUGUGGAGGCCAGGGGCCAAUGGAUUGGUCUCCUCCUUACAGCCCUCAGUAGUCAGGUGGCCCUCAGCCAUUCCAGUUGUCUGUCGAGUGUCGGCCUCAAUCAGUGUCAUGCUGGGGCAGGAAGGAAGACAAUCGUACCAUUUUUAGAUGCUACAUUGCUUUUAAUUGCAGGGUAAAUCACAUCAUAUGACAGAGACACUAAGCCAGAUCAAGCCUCAACCCUUGUGUUGCAUAUGUAAUAAGCACAGUAUAUCUCCUAAUUAGCUUGUUGUCUUGUUGUCAGUGUGUUGCGGCUUUUGCGGCCGGUCGGGAUGGAAGGAAGGAGGAAGGGAAGGAAGGAGGGAGGGACAGCAGCAGGGCUCAGGCAGAUGGCUGCACGUGUCCUCGCAGGCACAGCCCUGCAGUGGAGGAGAGGGAGGAAGAGAGGAGGAGGAGAGGGAGGAGAGAGGAAAGGAAGGCCAUGUCAGACGCUGCUUCGUCAAGCAGGCGAACAACCCCCAGCAUCCCCCCUCCUUCCUCACCUCCCCUCAACAGCCACAGGAGCAGAAGUUAA